AUGUCGUCUACAGAAGUUCCGGAUCCGGACGUGGUCCGACCCACGUCCCAUCACCACGAUGACGACGCGAAGAGGUACUCGACUGAGGAGGUGGAGCGGGCGCGCUCGGCGGCGGACGACGUCGACGAGAAGGGGGAGCGCGAAGACUACGACAAGGUCGACCAAGAAGUCGCCAAAUAUUCGUCGUCCGCUCGGAUUGAAAUAUCGCCCGAAGAAAAUGAUAGGCUCCGUAAACUGAUCGACACACGCGUCUUGGUGGUCAUGAUCACGACAUAUUUCCUUCAGGCCAUCGACAAGGGCACGUUGUCGUUCUCAUCGAUCAUGGGUCUGCCGAAAGAUACCGGCAUGCUUACCCCCGAUGGGAAAGUGGGCCAAAACUUUUCGUGGUUGACGACUUGUAUUUAUAUUACCAUCCUCGUCGUCGAGUACCCGCAGAACUAUAUAAUUUCCCGAGUUCCUGUUGCCAAGUACCUCAGCUUUUCCAUUAUCGCCUGGGGUAUUGUCCUUGCCUGCCACGCCGCGUGCAAGAACUUUACCGGGCUCGUGAUUGUCCGCACACUGCUGGGACUGUUCGAAUCGGCCUGUCAGCCUGCGUUUGUGAUCCUCUCGGCCAUGUGGUACAAGCGUGAGGAGCAGGCCUCGAGAGUUACUUAUUGGUACAUGAUGAACGGUGCGCAGCAGAUCGUCGGCGGGCUUCUUGCCUAUUGCUUUACCUUGAUCACGGAUGGCCCUCUUAAAUCGUGGCAGUGGCUUUUCCUCUCAUACGGAAUCAUCUCCGUCAUUUUCGGAGUCUUUGUUCUCUGGUGGAUGCCUGAUUCCCCUAUGCGUGCUGCAUGUUUCACCGAGGAGGACAAGCGUCUAAUGGUAGAACGUGUCCGAGAAAAUCAGACCGGUCUGCAGAAUCGCGUCUUUAAGAAAGAGCAGGUUUGGGACGCCCUAACUGACCCCCAGACUUGGUGUUACGCCGGGAUACAGUUCACAACGACUCUCCCAACCAGCGGCCUCGGUGCUUUCGCGAACCUGAUCAUAUCAGGUAGCCUUGGGUUCACCAAUCUUCAGACCCAGCUCUUAGCCAUGGUCCUCGGCUUCUACAUUAUCAUGGUGCUGCUAGCGUCGGUUUGGCUGGUGAAGAAAUUCAACCAAAACAUCCUGACCAUGCUAGGCUUCAUUAUUCCGUCGUUCGUCGGAACUAUUCUACUAAUGACUCUUCCCAAUCAUACCUUCUCCCAGCACGUGGGAUUGCUCAUUUCGUACUAUAUCACGUUAUCCUUCUGGGCUGCUCAGACGCUAGGUCUUUCCAUGAUGUCUCGAAACGUCGGUGGACAGACUAAGAAGAGCGUUGUGGUAGCUACGAACUUCGUCUUCUGGUCUGCGGGUAACGCUAUCGGACCUCAGGUCUUCCUCUCUCGUGAAGCUCCUAAAUAUUUUACAGCUUUCUCGACCCACCUUGCCUGUUAUGCUCUUCUUGUCAUCAUCUUGGUAUUCUUCCGUUUCUACCUUGCUAAGCAGAACAGCAAACGAGAUCAAUUAGCGGCGGCCGGUGUUAGCGAGGCUCGUGACGAGAGGCUAGCCCACGCGUUUGAGGACUUGACGGAUAGGGAGAAUCCCAACUUUAGAUACGUGAUAUAG